AUGGGGAUUGAGUUACGUUCCGCCUAUGGUGACACAGGCAUAGAUUGUAUAACCCUAUUUCACGAAACCAACUCUUCCGAAGAUGAUCUCUACAACCCCGAGGGAAGUAUCUACGAGGUGAUUCCGGGCAAUGGUGAGAAGACUGUUAGAUUCAAAGAAGCACUUGUAACAAACGAUACAUCUUCUGAGGCGGAGAGUGAUGUCAAUUCUUUAGUGGGGAAAUGUACAUCUGCUCCACAUCUUAUGGAGAUGUUUGUAGAUAACAAAAGUAGUGUAAGCAACUCUGGAAACAGUGGUGUAUGCAAGCAUAGAAUAAAUACCAGUCAAGAAGAAUGUACAAGUAGUUGUUACGAGAAUGAUUUAAGCUGCGAUGAUAAUAUUAGUAAUGAGGUGUUUGCUAAUACAAAAAGUUUUGAUAAAGAACCCAGUUAUUUAAGUUCCGAAAAGGUACAAUCACUGCAAUUUUCACAAAUUAAUUUUGAACCAACUUAUAAUCUUGAUUCUAGAAAAUUCAAACAGCCGGAAACCAAAUCUAAACACCAAAUAAAGGAACCACCUCUUGAAGAAAAGACUGAAAUCUACAAAUCUAACAACCAGUGUAAGGUCCUUAUCCCAAAAGAUAAAAAUGUUGCACUGACAGCUGGUGGUGGUAUCCAAGAAACCAGUCAUACGUUACAUAAACCACCUAGAAGAAGAGGUAAAAAAGACUGGAAUGAAGUUUCUGAUACUUUUCGGAAUGAAUCGAAUCCGUCAACAGGAAGUUUGCGUAAACGACUUUUACAGAAAUGGAGAUUUCAGAAAAAAAACAAGGAACCCCCACAAAAAAUCGCUGAACUAGACGAAGUUGUCCAAUCUCAAAGUGAUACUAUGGGUUCAUUAGAAGAUGUGUGUCGGAAGCUACAAAGGGAAAAUUCCGAAUUGAAAAGAAACUAUAAUCGGGAACUACAGGAAAAGCAAACUUUAUGUGAGAAGUUAUACCAAACUCAUCUAGAAUUAGAUAAAGCUGUAGUUCAGCUCAAUGUACUGAGACAAACCAAAAAGAUGGAUGAUACGACUAUCAUGAGCUUAAACGGAAUUCUGAAUUCUCAGAGUUAUUUGCGGGAACAACUCGAAUGUACCAAGGGGUUGAUUGAAAUUGCACAGAAUAAGAACGCCUUCUUACAAGAGCUAUUUAUGUUUAUCUCAAAAAAGCUUAACCAUAUAUACCGAUAUACAUUGGCACCAGCCUUUUUCCUUAUCGAAGAUACUCUGGACAUAUCAGGUGACUUCUUGAAAGGUGACUCUGAUCACACAAUUCAAGAUUUUGUUGACAUGCAUCUGGUAUUAUUCAAAGAAAUCUACGAAAUGACAGCCAUAGAUGAGGUCAAAGACAUACCAGUAUUUCAGGAGAAACAGAAAGAAAUGGUUGCUCAAAUAGACUGCUAUUUUCUACGACUAAACAAAAUCAUUGCUACGAAGAUGGAAAACCUUGUCCAUCAGAGGUGUCUCGUAUAG